AUGUGCAAUAAUUGCGCCAGUAGAACAAUGGCGCCCCGGUGGUGGCUGCCGAUUCUCUGCCUCGCCGGCAGCGUACUCCAUGGUCGCGCACAGCUUGAUAGCAGAGGUUUCAUCAACAUAGACUGUGGGCUACAGGGAGAGGAGAGCUACGUCGACGACGAGACAAAGCUGGUGUACGCCUCAGACGCUGGAUUCACCGACACCGGCACGCCUUACAACAUCUCGGCUGAGAACUUCCGGCCAUGGCGGUCCAGGAACGUCCGCAGCCUGCGGAGUUUCCCCGAUGGUGCGCGCAACUGCUACACGCUACGAUCCCUAGUGUCCGGCCUCAAGUACCUCUUCCGCGCCACGUUUCUCUAUGGCAACUACGAUGGCCUUAACAAGCCACCAGCGUCGUUCGACCUCUACAUCGGCGUCAACUUCUGGACGGUGGUGAACAUGUCUUGGUGGGGGUCGGACCAGGACAACAAGGCGGAGGUGGAGGCCAUCAUAGUCGUGCCAUACGACUUGGUGCAGGUGUGCCUGGUCAACACCGGCGGCGGGACGCCCUUCAUCUCCGGGCUGGAGCUGAGGCCGCUGAAGAUGUCGCUCUACCCACAGGCAACAGCGGAGCUGGGGCUGUUCAUGCGGAGCAGGCGAAACUUCGCCGCGAUAAACGAAACAAUCAUCAGGUUCCCCGAUGAUCCAUACGACCGGCUAUGGUACCCUAGGUCCGACGCCACGAUGUGGACAGAGAGGUCGACGACCGAGAGGGUGGACGGCUUCGACAGCGGCAGCUUCGAGGCACCCGUGGCGGUGCUUCAGACGGCGAUAACGCCGCUGAACGCCUCCGGGAGCAUCAAUUUCGGCUGGGACACGGAGCCCCAACCAAACAACCCAUCGCCGGGGUAUCUUGCCGUCUUCUACUUCGCCGAGCUACAGGUGCUGGAUGGGAACGCCUCUCGCCAGUUCUACAUCAAUCUCAACGACGAGCUCUGGCACAACAGGGCGGUGAAGCCCGAAUACCUCUCCAGAAUCAACUUAUACAAUGAAUUCCCCAGCCCGCGCCAGAACCACUACGAUAUAUCCAUCAAGGCCACAGCCAAUUCCACGCUGCCGCCCAUCAUCAACGCCUACGAGGUGUUCUCUGUCAUCACCACCACCAACGUUGGUACAGAAUCCCAUUAUGCAUCUGCGGCCAUGGCGAUCAAGGCCAAGUACAAGGUGCACAAGAACUGGAUGGGUGAUCCGUGCUUUCCCAAGACUAUGACGUGGGAUAGUCUGAACUGCAGCUAUGCCACUGCCAGCCCUCCAAGGAUCACAAGCAUAUGCAGGUCCAGGUGA